AUGGCGUCCGUCGAUCAGAUCCUCGCGGGGAAGUAUCCUGGCAAGGCGCAUGCACGCCGCGUCGCCCAGAUGCUGAAAGAGAAGCAUGGCGAUGCGGGUAUGAUUUACCUCGAGGCUCAAAGAACUCGGAUGAUUGAGGACAGUGACGAGGCCAUGCACUUCCGCCAGCGUCGCCCUUUCUUCUACUUCACCGGCUGUAACGAGCCCGAUGCCGCAGUCGUCUACGACGUCAAAAAAGACCAGCUUACCCUCUUCAUUGCUCCCAUUGACCCCGAAUCAGUCAUCUGGUCCGGUCUGCCCUUAUCCCCCGAACAAGCCAAGGCGCUCUACGACGUCGACGCCGUGCAGUACACCAAUGAGGUGAACUCCACCCUGGCAUCCAUCGCCUCGGCCCAAGAGGGCAAGACCGUCGCCUUUGCUAUCGACCAACAAGUCUCCGAGGGGAUCAACUUUGCCGGCUUUGCGCAAACGAAUCUCUCCGUCUUGAAGGAUGUCAUUGGAGACGCGCGUGUGGUCAAAGACGCUUAUGAGAUUGCUCUGCUGCGAAAGGCCAACGAUAUCUCGACGCUGGGCCACAUCGCCUGUAUGAAGGCGGCUGGCAAGGCGAGCAAUGAGCGUGAAGUUGAGGCCGAGUUUAUCAAGACGUGCAUUGCCCACGGGGCGAGGGAAAUGUCGUAUCAUCCUAUUUUCGCAGCGGGUGAGAAUGGAGCCACGCUACACUAUGUCAAGAAUGACGACAGUUUCUUCUACGCGGCGACGACCUCGGACCCCAGUCUGCAAGGACAGCGAAAGGGGAGCCUGCUGAUCGACGCUGGCGGCGAGUAUCAGACCUAUUGCGCUGACAUCACUCGUGUGGUGCCCCUGGCGGGACGGUUUCCCGAGGAAGCGCGCCAGAUCUACGAGAUUGUGCUCGAGAUGCAGACGCAGUGCAUUGCCAUGCUGAAGGAGGGUGUCCUCUGGGACGAUGUGCAUGCGUUGGCGCACCGGGUCGCGAUCAAGGGCCUGUUGAAAUUGGGCAUUCUCCAGGCGACGAGGAGGAAAUUUUCCAGAAGCGUGUCAGCGUGGCUUUCUUCCCGCAUGGUCUGGGCCACUAUCUGGAUGUUCCGCUUCCUGCGAACUCGGGGCAAGCUUCCCGCUGGAUCGGUCAUUACCGUCGAACCGGGGAUCUACUUUUGCCGCUUCAUCAUCGAUCCCGUUUUGGAAUCGCCCGAACUCGGCAAGUACAUCAACACGAGGUACUGGAGCGCUACUGGCGCGUGGGUGGAGUGCGCAUCGAAGACAAUGUGCACGUCACCAAGGAUGGCCCUGAUAAUUUGA